UGAUGAACAUAAACCGGAAACAGAUCCGAUUGGGCACGGACGCUAGCAUGUAGCUAACGUGCUGGGUUUAUUUACUGCAAGGCUUUAGUUUUAAGGAAGGCUGUUUCGACCUCUUCUUACAGGUAACGCUUCAAGCUAACGACCAGACUUUUCACCGGAGAUGGGAGUCCCGGCAUUUUUCCGUUGGCUCAGCCGAAAAUAUCCGUCAAUCAUCGUGCACUGUGUGGAGGAGAAGGGGAAACAAUGCAAUGGAGUUCGCAUCCCUGUUGAUACGACGAGACCAAACCCAAACGAUGUGGAGUUUGACAACUUGUACCUGGACAUGAAUGGAAUCAUUCACCCGUGUACACAUCCAGAGGACAAGCCUGCUCCUAAAAAUGAAGAUGAGAUGAUGGUCGCCAUAUUUGAGUACAUUGACCGACUGUUUAACAUUGUGCGGCCUAGAAGAGUUCUCUACAUGGCCAUCGAUGGGGUGGCUCCGCGGGCUAAAAUGAACCAGCAGCGCUCUCGGCGUUUUCGUGCCUCAAAAGAAGGAGUGGAGCUGGCGGAAGAGAAAGGUCGAAUCAGGGAGGAGAUCAUCCAGAGAGGAGGUUACCUCCCACCUGAGCAGAUUAAGGAGAGGUUUGACAGCAACUGUAUCACUCCAGGAACUGAGUUUAUGGACAACCUGGCACAAUGUCUUCGAUAUUACAUUGCAGACAGAAUCAGCAAUGAUCCAGGAUGGAAGAAUAUCACUGUUAUCCUUUCUGACGCCAGUGUUCCUGGUGAAGGUGAACACAAGAUUAUGGACUUCAUCAGGAGACAGAGAGCUCAACCCAACCACGACCCCAACACCCAUCACUGCCUGUGUGGAGCUGAUGCUGAUUUGAUCAUGCUGGGUCUGGCCACCCAUGAACCAAACUUCACAAUCAUCAGGGAGGAGUUCAAACCCAAUAAACCCCGUCCCUGCGCCCUCUGUGGACAGAUGGGCCAUGAAAUCAAAGACUGUGAGGGCACAGCCAGAGAGAAGCAGGGAGAGCAUGACGAAUUUGCAGGCUCAAUGCCGGUGUCUGAGCAGGAGUUCAUAUUUAUCAGGCUGUGUGUGCUACGAGAGUACCUUGCCAGAGAGCUGACCAUGGCCAGUCUGCCGUUUCCCUUUGACUUCGAGAGGAGCAUUGAUGACUGGGUCUUCAUGUGUUUCUUUGUUGGAAAUGACUUUCUUCCACACCUGCCGUCCUUAGAAAUCAGAGAGGGGGCAAUAGAUCGACUGGUCAGCAUCUACAAAGACGUAGUGCACAAAACAGGAGGCUACCUGACACAAAAUGGUUACGUCAACCUGGAGCGUGUUGAGCUCAUCAUGCAGGCGGUGGGUGUGGCUGAGGACAACAUCUUCAAAAAACGCAAGGAAGACGACGAAAGCUUCAAGAGACGGAUGAAAGAGAAACGAAAGAGGAUGAAAGCAGAGCAGCAAGGUCCCGCCUUCUUGACCACAGGCCAGUUUGCUCCUCAGGCGCUGGGGAGACGGGACCGACCAGAGCCGGUCCAGAACGCACGGCACCAGGCCUACGGCAUGAGGAUGCAGGCCCGGGAGCAAAACAACAAGGACGCAGCUCAGUCUCUGAAGGCCAUGAUGAGGAACGGAGGCAAUUCGUCUGCCGAGCCCAGCGGCGGUGCCAACAGCAGGGGGCUGAAGAGGAAAGCUGAGGACAGCGACAGCGAGCCAGAGCCUGAAGACAACGUCAGGUUGUGGGAGGACGGCUGGAAGCAGAGAUACUACAAGACCAAGUUUGACGUGGACGUGACGGACGACGAUUUCAGGCAGAAAGUGGUUCAGUCGUACGUGGAGGGUCUGUGCUGGGUGCUUCGCUAUUAUUACCAGGGCUGUGCCUCCUGGAAGUGGUACUUCCCCUUUCACUACGCCCCAUUCGCCUCCGACUUCAAAGACAUCAAGGAGAUGUUCAAAGACUUUGAGAAAGGGACCAAACCGUUCAAGCCCCUGGAGCAGCUGAUGGGAGUGUUUCCUGCCGCCAGCGGCAACUUUCUGCCCUCAACGUGGAGAAACCUGAUGAGCAGCUCGGAUUCCUCCAUCAUUGACUUCUACCCUGACGACUUUGCUAUUGACCUUAACGGGAAGAAAUACGCCUGGCAAGGUGUGGCCUUGUUGCCUUUUGUGGAUGAGCGACGGCUGAGAGCAGCUCUGACCGACGUCUACCCUGACCUCUCACCUGAGGAAGUCAAAAGAAACAGUCUGGGAAGUGACGUGUUGUUUCUCGGGUCAUCUCAUCCGCUCUUUGACUUCAUCCAAGAACUAUAUCGCACAGAAUCCAAUGAGGGCACUGAGAUCCCUGCAGAGCUGUGCCACGGAAUCCAGGGCAUGUUAAAUCUUGACAACAACCCUAUUCUACCCAACGAGACAGUGGUGUCGCCCAUCCCCACGCUGCGCGACAUUUCACACAACGGAUCUAUUGGAGUGAAGUUUAAGGAUCCACAGUACGCGGACGACUUUGUGUUCAAGGCAGUUCUUCUGCCUGGAGCCAAGAUUCCCACCAAAGUUCUGAAGCCAGGUGACUGGGAGAGGGGCAACAGGGAGCCGUGGAGACCCCAGCUGGGCUUCAACCCAAACCGGCAGCAGGCACAUCUGGACCAGUCCGGCUUCAGGGCUUUGAGUCACAGUGUGAACAGAAACCAGCACAGUGGACAGUACAGCAACACUCCACCUCCCAACAGCUACCAGCGAGGACACCACCGCCCUUCACACGGCGGCGGCCACCAGCCUUUCCCACAUUCCAGGCAGAGUUUGCUGGGAGCGCCGCCCUCCUACCAGCAGCCCCAGUAUCCCAGGCAGCAGCAGCAGCAGCAGCAGCACUACGGAGGCGGAGGCGGAGGCCAGGGUCACGGCUGGGACCGGGCCAUGCAGGCGCAGCGCUCGUCCUAUCAGCAGAACAUGGCCCGCGGGCCGGGAGGCGGCGGCGCCGGAGGUUACCAGCAGCGCUACGAGCAGCGCAGAGACGACUGGCCGGAGCGCAGGGACAACUGGAGCCAGCAGCACCAGGGCUACAGCUCCGGCAGAGGUUACCCCGCUCCUCCUCCGUCCAAGAGAUACACCUGGAAUAAUAAUUAAAGGCCAGCUCGGACUCCACAGCAGCGUUUGGGAGAAUAUUUUUAGAAGAACUUUCAUCUUUUUCCAUUUUAUUGUCUUGUACAAUUGAACGUUUUUUUGUUCUUUCCUUUUUAUUCUGCCUAAGAAACAUGUGUUAACUUUUUAAAUCAAUCAACUUUUAAAAGUUGUAAAAUACAAGUCAAGGCCGAAAAACGGCCUCCGUUCAUUUCUGAGAGAAACCUCCAAAAUCCAUGUUUUACAAAAGGUGGAAUAAAAGAACUGAUGCUGGAA